AUGAGCGAUUUAAUCAACAAAAACAUCAUCACAUGCGUUCGCGCCACCUUCUCUGGUUGUACCUAUACCAAUCGUUUACCCACCGGCCUGCCAUUGUCCCACCCAUGGCGCAUCCUAUGCUCCUCAUGGCUCCCAAGCCCGUCAAGCCUUUGGUCUUUCUGCGAUAACGCUUGUUUGGACAUCUUUUCAGUUCCUCCUCCACAAGACCACGACGACGAGGCUGGAAUUCGACAUGAUGGCGAUGUACGCCGAAAGCAAAUCUUCAAAGGACGACAUCUCUUCUUCCUGGCAUAUCAAAGCGUUGGUGUCAUUUAUGGCGAUAUUGGCACUUCGCCACUGUACGUCUUCUCGUCGACGUUUACCAGCCCGCCGGCCCGCGAGGAUGUCAUUGGGGUGUUGUCACUCAUCAUCUGGUCUCUCUUGAUGAUGGUCACUCUGAAGUAUGUUUUGAUCAUUCUUCGAGCGGACAAUGAAGGGGAAGGCGGUACCUUUAGCUGCUACUCACUCUUGUCCCGGUAUGCCAACAUUACCAAUCGAGACCCGCGAGAAGAGCCGAUGAUCAAGAUGGAGCGGUAUCUGACGAAUGAGAUGCGGCCGGCCAAUCGACAAGUACGCAAGACGAUUGAGUCGAGUGCAUUUUUCAAGACUCUGCUCAAGGUGAUGGGAGUCUUUGCAGUCUCCAUGGUCAUGUCCGAUGGAGUGCUCACUCCCGCACAGUCUGUUCUUGGUGCCGUUCAAGGGCUGAAUGUGAUUGUUCCUGAUAUCAGCCAAGGAACAGUCAUUGGUGCGACUUGUGGUAUCCUCGUCAUGCUCUUCGUUGUUCAGCCUUUUGGCACAUCGAAGCUAGGCUCUGUGUUCGCUCCCAUUAUCAUCAUUUGGCUCGGACUGCUUGCAUCCUUCGGAAUCUACAACCUGGUCAUGUUCGACGCCGGAGUGUUCAAAGCAUUCAACCCAGGCGAGGCCUUUGAUUAUCUGAUCCGCCAUGGCGAAGACGGCUGGCGAUCUUUGGGAGGCGUGUUGCUCGCCUUUACCGGAGUGGAGGCUCUCUUCGCCGACCUGGGCGCCUUUAGCAUGCGUGCGAUCCAGAUCAGCUGGCUGUGCUGGUGUCUUCCCUGCCUGCUGCUGACCUAUAUUGGCCAGGCGGCGUACCUGGCUGUGCGUCCGGAGGCCUACGCGUAUCCUGUCUUCAACACCGCUCCUCCCGGCUGCCUCAUUCUCAGUAUGGUCUUGGCCAUCCUUGCGGCAAUUGUUGCCUCUCAGGCCAUUAUUACGGCUACUUUCCAGCUUCUGGCACAAAUCGUCAAGCUCUCGUACUUUCCGCAGAUUCAGGUUGUGCACACAUCGAAGACAUAUCACAAUCAGCUCUAUGUUCCACUUGUGAAUUACCUGCUCUGUAUCGGAACAGUCGCCAUCACAGCAGUCUUUCGCGACACGACCUCUCUCGGACAGGCUUACGGUGUCUGUGUCAUGUUUGUGACAUUCUUUGACACGCAGAUGACUGCGCUGACCGCGCUGCUGGUCUGGCGCCUCCGUCCGUGGAUGGUCGUCCUUCCAUGGCUGGCGAUUUCAGCCAUGGAUGGGGCAUUUCUGUCUUCUGCACUCACCAAGGUUCCCGAUGGCGCAUGGUUUACCAUUACCCUCGCUGCGAUUCUUGCUUGCAUCUUCAUCCUGUGGCGCUUCGGCAAAGAACAGCAAUGGAGAGCAGAGCGACACGAUCGCAAUCCACUCUCACAUUAUGUCCGCAAGGAUGACGAAGGCAGCUUGAGACUGACGAACUUUGCUGAUACCCUGCUGGAGCAACCCUGGGGCGAGAAGCUGUCGGUAACCAAGGGAUUCGGCAUCUUCUUCGACAAGGGAGGCGAUAAGACGCCGAUGAUUUUCAGCCAAUUCAUCAACAAGCUCGUCUCGAAGCCCGAAGUCACAGUCUUUUUCCAUCUACGACCUCUCGAAACUCCUACUAUCGACAUUAGCGAGCGAUAUGUCGUCAGACAGCUGGAUUCCCUGCCGAAUUGCUACCGUGUGGUUGCGAGAUAUGGCUACAUGGAUGAGGUCGUGACUCCUGAUCUCGCCACACUCAUUUACCAUCGUGUAUCGGACCAUAUUAUUCUGCAACAACAGAAUCGAAAAAAUCAUGAGGAAUCAGCAAGCGAUAAUGAUCAUAUCUCUCAUCGCAUCAUCACCACCACCGAAAAAUCUUCUGCAACAGCCACUUCUUCCACCACCACCACCACGCCCCCCCUAGGAGGAAUCUCUUCCAAUCUCCAUAAUCUACAAACAGCAUUCGAGCAUCGCGUCCUCUACAUCCUCGGCAAAGAAGAAAUUCACAUCCAACCCCAAACUCCUCUGUGGCGACUCGCGCUCUUAAAAGUUUUCUUAUUUGUAAGAGAAAAUUCUCGGAACAAAAUGGCAAACUUGAAGGUUCCAACGGACCGGUUGGUAGAAAUAGGCUUUGUGAUGGACGUGUAA